AUGUCGCAGCUGGGAAGUGUACAAGGCAGCGGAGAAGGCAGCAUAGUUAUCGCCGGCGGCGGCGGGGGCCCGGACUUCGACUUGCCGGACAAUAUUCUGGCUGUUAUACCGGCCGACCCUUACGACCAGUUGGAUCUGGCGCGAAAGAUCACUUCCAUGGCAAUCGCUUCCCGCGUGUCGAACCUGGAAGCGGAGGUGGGAAGGAUGAAGCAGAAGAUGUACGAGAAGGAUCGAAUUGCUUACGAGCUCGAAGAGAAAGCGUCUCGAAUGCAGCGGGCGUACCGGGAGGCAGAGUCGAGGCUGAAGAUCACCCUUGACGAGAAUAUUAAACUUGCUAAGGAAAGGGAUUCGUUGGCUGCCAACGUGAAGAAGCUUGGCCGUGAUUUGGCAAAGGUAUGCUGCAUCGCCAUUACUCAGAAAUGCAAAUUGCAGUUGGAGAACUUCAAGAAGCAGUUGAUGCAGUCACUUAGUGAUGACAGUCCGUCGCCAACACAAACUGUUGAUAUUAGAGCAUAUGAUCAACAUGCACCAAAGGCAUAUCCUGAUAAAGAUGAAGUGUCAAAUGGAUUUGCCAGCGACAAUUCUUACAAUGGCUCUACCAACAUGAGUACAGCUGAUCAAGCUGCAAAGUCUGCUGGACAAAGAUUCUCCAUAACCCCGUACAUCACACCACGGCUUACUCCAACUGCAACCCCAAAAGUUACAUCUACAAGUGUGUCCCCUAGGAGUUAUUCUACUGCUGUGUCACCUCGGAGAGCCUCUGCUCUGACAUCUCCGACGAAAUCCCAAUAUGAGGGACAACAAACUAGCUUUUCUCCAUGGUAUCCAUCCAGUCAACAGUCUUCGGCAGCAAACUCCCCUCCUCGGGGACGCUCAAUGCCAGCACGGACUCCACGAAUUGAUGGAAAGGAGUUCUUUCGUCAGGCCAGGAGUCGCCUGUCAUAUGAGCAAUUCAGUGCGUUUCUGGCUAACAUUAAGGAACUAAAUGCCCAGAAGCAAACCCGGGAGGAAACUUUGAGGAAAGCUGAAGAGAUCUUUGGGACAGAGAAUAAAGAUCUCUUCUUAUCAUUUCAAGGAUUGCUCAACCGUAGUAGUGCUCACUGA